AUUACACCGUAUUAUUAUUAAUAUUGUUAAUUGUCUGUAAGCAAGCCCACAGAAAAACAUCAAUUUACAGAGCACCAUUGCUGUCACAAAUGAUAUUCAAUUCAAGCACAACACAACCCACACACACUAACUGUUUCUCAUCGAUUCAUCAUGUUUUAGUGUUUUACCCAAACUCCUUGAUCUUUUAGCUAGCACACACAUCAACAAAGUAUUCUCCUUGAUUCAUUCAUUCAUUCUCAGAUGUGCUCUACUGGGUUGUAUGACAGAUGAAGGUGUAUUUAUCUUGAAAUAGAAGAAACUAAGAAGCAUGGCGCCGGGGAAGAAUUCCCGAGGGGGCGAGGGGAGGAACUCAUCAAGCUACUGUUCAACAGUUCCAAUAGCUGUGUUUGUUGCAUUUUGUUUAGUUGGUAUAUGGAUUGCAAUGUCAUCCAUUGUUCCGAUUCAGGAUUCAGUCAUGGAGGUACCCGAGACAAUUAAUGAGGUGAAAAAUAUAGCUAAUCAAACUGGUUCUAGGCAAUUUGAAGAUAAGUUAGGCGAUAUACCACCAGAGGAAUCAGCAAGGAGAGAUAGCCAAACCCCAAGUCCUCAGAGCGAAAGCCAUUCAGAAUCUGUAGAAAUAGGAGCACCGAAUGGUCAAAUUGAUGAUAAUCAACUCAGAGGAUUGACGAAAACUUUGGAUGAAAGUAAAUCUGACAAGAACUUAGAUGAUAGCAAAUUAGGGACAGAAAAUAAUGUCGGUGAAGUCACACAACAAGACGAGACUUUCGGUGAGACUAAGGUGGAGGAAAUCAAGAAAAAUCUGGAUUCAGAGACAAACCAAAGUACUGGAGAUAGUAACGUGGAAAGCCAUGAAACUUCAAAAGAAGAAACUUCAAGUGAAUCGCAGAAGUCUUCAAUCUCUAUUGAUGAUAGCAGCAAAUACGACUGGAAACUAUGUAAUACAACUUCGGGAUCCGAAUACAUCCCUUGUCUUGACAAUUGGAAAGCAAUUAGAAAACUCCCAAGCAUAAGUCACUAUGAACAUCGAGAGAGGCAUUGUCCAGAUGAAGUUUCUACUUGUCUUGUCUCUCUUCCGGAGGGCUAUAGAAGCCCAAUUAGGUGGCCCAAAAGCAGGGAAAUGAUAUGGUACAACAAUGCUCCUCAUACAAAGCUUGUAGAAUCUAAGGGUCAUCAAAACUGGAUCAAAGUUUCUGGUGAAUACCUUAGUUUUCCUGGUGGUGGAACUCAAUUUAAGCAUGGUGCUCUUCAUUACAUUGAAUUCAUUCAGAAAUCUCUUCCUAAUAUUGCGUGGGGGAAGAGAAGUCGUGUGAUAUUGGACGUUGGAUGUGGUGUAGCGAGCUUUGGUGGCUAUUUGUUUGAAAAAGAUGUUCUGACUAUGUCAUUUGCUCCUAAAGAUGUGCAUGAGGCGCAAGUUCAAUUUGCACUCGAAAGGGGUAUUCCUGCAAUUUUAGGCGUCAUGGGCACCAAAAGAUUACCAUUCCCUGGUUCUGUCUUUGAUCUUCUCCACUGUGCUCGUUGUAGAGUCCCUUGGCACAUAGAAGGUGGCAAACUACUCUUAGAGCUGAACCGUGUCUUGCGGCCUGGUGGUUACUUUGUAUGGUCUGCUACUCCGGUGUAUCAAAAGGAUCCAGAAAAUGUUGGGAUUUGGAAAGACAUGCGUACAAUUACAAAGUCAAUGUGCUGGGAUCUGGUGGUUAUUGCAAAAGACAAAUUGAAUGGAGUGGCAGCCGCAAUAUAUAGAAAACCAACCGACAAUGAAUGCUACGAGAGAAGACUAAAAAAUGAACCGCCAAUGUGUAGUGAAUCCGAUGAUCCAAAUGCAGCCUGGAAUGUAUCACUACAAGAUUGUAUGCACAAAGUGCCAUUAGGUGCAUCAGAGCGUGGAACAAUCUGGCCGGAGCAAUGGCCGCUGAGGUUGGAGAAACCACCUUACUGGUUAAACUCUCAGACCGGCGUUAAUGGAAGAGAUGCUUCGGUGGAAUUCACCGCCGACUACAAGCAUUGGAAAGUUGUUAUUUCACAUUCAUAUUUGAAUGGAAUGGGAAUCAAUUGGUCUUCAGUAAGAAAUGUCAUGGACAUGAGAGCUCUUUAUGGAGGAUUUGCCGCGGCACUUAAAGCGUUGAAAUUUAAUGUUUGGGUAAUGAAUGUGGUUCCAAUUGAUUCUCCAGACACAUUGCCUCUAAUAUAUGAGCGUGGAUUAUUCGGUAUUUAUCAUGAUUGGUGUGAGUCGUUUAGUACCUAUCCUCGAUCUUAUGAUCUUCUCCAUGCUGAUUCUUUAUUCUCAACAAUUAAAGAAAGGUGCAAUAUAGUGGCAGUGAUUGCAGAAGUUGAUAGAAUGUUGAGACCAGAAGGAUAUUUGAUAAUAAGAGACAAUGAAGAAAUAAUUGGUGAGAUAGAAAACAUGGCAAAAUCUCUACAUUGGGAUAUUCGGUCGAGUUAUGCAAAAAAUGGGGAGGGUUUACUUUGUCUUCAGAAGACAUUUUGGAGACCAACAGAGGUUGAAACUAUUGUGUCAGCCAUUGCCUAAUUUAUGAUGCUUCAGCUUCACUUUCCCAUUCAUUGUUUUGGUAGAAUGUGUAGUGUAUUUUUCUUAUUCUUCACUUUCUAUGCUUGUAUUAUUGAAGAAUGUCACUCUCACUUGUACAACCCUAUGUAAUGUAAUAUUUAUUUAUUAUUUUAAAUGUAAAUAACUUGGUUGUUUACAAAAUGUA